UAGUUGAGGGUUUGUAGGUGGUCGGGAAGUGGCGCCAAAAAUAUCGAGGAUUGCAAACGUUGAAAUAAAAUAUUAACUGUAGCUGCGAAAGAAUAGUGGUGUACAUUGUGUGCAGUAUAGUAUAUUCCGUAACUCUGAUGUCUAACGCUUUUAUUUUUACGUGUUAUAAUUGUACUGCUGAACAUGACUGCUGCUCUUAAUUCAGCUGAUGUGUUGGCACUCAUAAUAAAAUGCGUUGAUUUUGCUGCUGUUAAACACGUGUACCAACGACGGAAAGACCCGGAGAGAACUCCAUAUAUUAAUCAUCCUAUUGGUGUAGCAAAAAUUCUGACAGAGGAAGGGAAUGUAUAUGAUGUGGACAUAAUACAGGCAGCUCUUCUCCAUGACACAGUAGAAGACACAGAUACUAGCUUUGAUGAGAUUGAGACUGAGUUUGGUGUUAAUGUGUGCCACCUAGUGAGGGAAUUGACGGAUGAUAAAAGCUUGCCCCAAGCAGAACGUAAAAGGUUGCAGAUAGAGCAUGCAGCAGGAUCCAGUCCUGGUGCAAAGCUGAUAAAGUUAGCAGACAAGCUGUAUAACCUGCGCGAUUUAGAGAGGGCAUCUCCAGAGGGCUGGACACAAGAAAGAGUUCAGGAGUACUUUGAAUGGGCCAAGAAAGUUGUUAAUGGAUUGAGAGGCACCAAUAGCAAUUUGGAAGAUAGUUUGGAUAAAAUAUUUGAAAGACACUGUGCCAGGUCAUAAUUUGAUGGUCUGGAGUUUCUGUAUCACAGCCAGGAAUGCUGCAUAUGCAUGUGCACAUAACAGAAAUUUGCUGCCCCCCUAGCCCAAGAAAACAUCCAGCACCUGAAAAUUCAUGCAAUGUGUAGCAUCUGUGUGUCUGAUAUACGGCAGCCCUGUACCCACUGUAGAUGGCUGCUUGUUAUUUAAAUGUUCAUUGCAUGUGAAUAUGGGAUUUAAAUCCCAAACUGUGGCACUGGUGCCCAUAUUUUGCAACCAGUAAUGGUGUUGUCACAUGAUAGGAUGACUAUAGUCAUAGAUGGGUUUUGAACUGUUGACUCAGAUUUAUUACACACUUUGAUACAGUGCAUUACUACACUUUACAGUUCACUUUUAUACACGCACUAGUAUCUACAGUCACAUCUUCACUGCAGUUGCUUGGUAGUGGCUUCCAAUGGUGGACGUUCCCCUUUGUCUGGGUUCCCAAACUGUCACUAGCCUUGGCUACCAGCUUCUCGCAGCAACAGCUCACAUCUGAAACCCAGCAGUUCUCUAUCUGACUGCAAUUUCUAAUUGAUCCCUGUUAUAACACCUCCAUACGGGCUGCAUAGAAAACAUCUCUUCCAUUAUUGCUGUAUCCUCUCCUUGUGGAAACAUGCUCAUUUUUGGAGUCGUUACUGAGCAGAGACUGUUGUGUAGUUGCUUGUUUCAUGAUCAUUGCUUGGUAACAGGUCUAUAUACUACUGUAUCAUUAAAAAAAAUUAUAUCUUAGGAACCACUGUUGAAAUAUUGUAGUAGAGAAUAUUGGGUCAAAUAUUGUGGUGCUAUAAAAAUUAUUGUUGCCAAAAAGUUUAUAGGUUCAUGAAAUAAAACAAAUUCAUAUGUAUAUAGAGCCAGAUGUAUAGUACAUACAUUUCUCAAUGUUUUCCUUCCCACUGUGUGAUGGUUCUCUGAUUUGGAAUUGUACUGAUGUAUGGUAAGUAUGACAACAUCAGUACACAUAUUAUGUUUCUGGACAUUAUCCUUUGUCCUGUUUAUAUUUCAAAACAAUGUUUGGGAGACUUGAUUCUGUCUCUGUCUUCAUGUUGGGCCCAGUCGAUAGAGCUAGUCUAUCUGGAGAUGGACUAGCUCUGUUGGUUGGGCCCAGGUGAGUAGGUUUUACCUGAAGAUGGAGACAGAAUCCAGUCUCCAAAACAUUGUGUUUUGAAAUAUAAACAACAAUGGAUAAUAUCCAGAAACUUAAUAUUUUUACACAAACUUUUAGAUCUUAGCUGCAUCAGUUUAUACACAGGCUGGCUGACUUUGACUGAGCACUGAAAUUUUGUAGCUGUAUAUUUCUUAUUGACUGAACACAGAACACUGGAGAUGCAGUCCUUUAGCUGGCUGUUGCUCAGUGUGUUAAGUUUCAAGGUGUGUCAUUUGGCUGACCUGUGGGUUUGAGCUUCAUUUUGGGAACCCAUUUACCAAUGUAUCCUUCAACAAUGGAAGGUUUUUGAGCUACUCCAUGUUUGUCAUGGAAGUUGAAUUUUCCUCAUGGUUUAUGUAAUUUGUUAGUAUGUACAAUAUAACCUUCUGUGUUAAAUUUCAUCCAUUUAAAAUUUUUGUGAGUUUAGUGUUUAAAUACACUGGCAUGUGAAGAAGCAUUUAAA